AUGGCCACGGCCGGAGAGCCCACGUGUGGCUGCCAGCGGGGUCCCAACAUGGAGCAGGGCAAAUGGUACGGCGUCCGUUCAUACCUGCACCUGUUCUACGAGGACUGCACCGGCACCCAUUCGGAGGACAAUUUUGAAGAGGCUGCUACGUCUCCCACCAAGGGCGGACGGAGCUCCGUCUUCUGGAAGGUGACGCUCUCCGUCGGGAUUCUGCUGUUGCUGAUCGGCCUGGCGGCUUUAACCACGGGGUCGGUCCUGCCCUCCAAGUUGGAAGACAUUGGGGAAGCUGAGUUUGUGGUGCUGGACCAGCGAGCCGUAGAGUACAACGGUGCCCUGGGCCUCUCCCGAGCCGUCGGGGUGGUGCUGUGUGCCGUUGCUGGGGUGCUGCUGGUCGCCUCGGUGUUGUUGUCCAGGCUGGGCAGAAGGAACCGGACUGGCGGUUCAGGUGAAGAUGGGAAGGAAGAGCAGCUGUCUCCCAUCUUGCCGGAGAAUGGCCCUCAUCCGUGGGGUGCCGUCGUCUCAGCGCCCCCUGCCCCUUUCCAAGUCUCCCGGGUACAGGGCGUCCAGCCAAAAAGAGAGGUGUGA